GUCAUCCUCCAGUAGUAAAGGGGUGAUCCGGUCCUCCUGUCCUCCUCCUGUCCUCCUUCCAGAGAGGAGCUUUCUAUUCCUCCUCCCUCGUACUCCCUCUCUUUCUCCAGAUCCCCCGAUGCCUCAACACUCCUUCUCCUUUCCGUGGCUUUGACCUUCUUUUCUUCAUCAAAAUCUCAAGACUUCGCGGAGCUCCUCUUCGUCCACCCUCCUCUUCGUCCACCCUCCUCUUCUUGGAUCACUGGGAUCUAACGGUCAACCUACCAAGCAGCGAGCAUGACAGACAAACCGGGCAUGCCGACGGGCGGCGGAGACGACAUGGGUAGCGUCAUGGCGCUGCUGGAUCGCGUGGCGGGCCUCAUGGACAGCGUCCAGACCACGCAGCAGCGCAUGGAACAGCGUCAGCUGGAGCUGGAGAGCACGGUGAAGACCAUCCAGACGGACGUCGUCAAGCUCACCAGCGACCACGCCAACACCAGCUCCACCGUCGACCGGCUGCUGGAGAAAACGCGCAAGGUCAGCCGCCACAUCAAGGACGUCAGGGUGCGCGUGGAGAACCAGAACGUCAGGGUGAAGAAGGUGGAGGCCACGCAGGGUGACCUCCUGGCCAAGAACAAGUUCAGGGUGGUCAUUUAUCAGGGUGACCAGGAGGUGAAGGCUGUCACACCAGGCAAUGAGCCAGCAGAACCCGGCAGCAGCACCGGCGCCAGAGCCGAGGUGGAACCGGACAAGUUUGAGCUCCCUCCAGAGUCGGACGAAGAGUACAUGGUGGUGGAGGAGGCCGACUCCUCGUCGGCCGGCCGCAUGAAGAAGUCGGGGCUGACGCGCAUCGAGAGCUUCAAAGCCACCUUCUCCAAGGAGAACAUGAGCAAGACCCGCGACAACCUGGGCACCAAGGUCAACAAGUUCGGCGAGCGCAUCGUGACGGCCGAGAGGCGCGAGAAAAUCCGCCAGUCCGGCGAGAGGCUGAAGCAGUCGGGCGAGAGGCUGAAGGACACCAUCAGCAAGAGCGUCCCGGCCAAGCUCAACCUGAAGAAGGAGAGAACUGUGGCGGAGGGCCAGGAAGGAGCCGAGGGCGCCGCGGAGGGAGCCGCGCCCGUCCCUCCUCCCAAGGGACGCAAGGGCAGCCCAGACGCCGCCAAGGCGGCCGACGAUGAGGGCAAGGCGGACGAGUCCGAGGUGCCGAUGUACGACAUGAAGCAGCUAUCGUAAACUACGAGACCGUGACGAGAUCUGGGCCGUUUUCUUUGGACCACAGAGGAAGAAGUUUUUAAGGGUUGAUAAUAAUGAAGAUGAACAUUUUGUUUGAACGUUGUUGAAGGAAGUGAGCAGAGAACACGCCGGUCACAGAUCCAAUCUGACUGAACAUCAAGAUCCCUGAAACCACUCAGGUUAUUUCACAUGCAGUCACGUGUGUUCUGGACAUUCACUAUCAAAUCAGCAAAUAUAUAUAUAUAUGAAGACUUUGGGACAUAAAUGUGUCCAGAGUUCAGAACUUUAACCCCUUCAUCACGCCGCUGCUGUUCACUUGUUUUUGCAUGUUAGGGAGGUUGAAACGUUGGAUGAUGACGCUGUAACGGGGUUGUGGUACGUUCGGUUCUGUGUGAUGUUUGGAGAGCUAAAACCAUUCAGAGGUUCGCACUCAGUGAAAUGAUUAAAGUUAAAAGGUUAAAAACUCAAUAAAGUGGAUGUAACAGAGAGGAAAGAUCUAGUUUGUGUUUGGAGGCUGUUGGAGGUCCAAAUGUUUGAACCCGUCCUGAUUCAAGUCCUGGGUCCUUAGGCAGAUUUAAAAUGAGUGUUUUAGAAAGUCUUUACCCGCCUUAAGGCCUUUACACACGGGAUGAAUAAACCACACGGAAAUGCGGAAUCCAGAAACUUAUAUGUCUAGGGCUUUUAUUGUGAAAGGGAAGAACGGAUAGAGUCAAUCUAGUAUGCGGUCGAGUCUAGAAGGUAAUCCACGAUUUGAAAAACUCUCCCGAGAUGGUUAGGGUUAGGCAUCGACCUGGAAUAGUUGAGGUUAGGAUAGGUCGUCGGGCAGCGAGUCUCGCGAGAGUUUUUGUGAGUUAACGCAAUUCGUGGGUUCCGAUUCUGGUCCGCGCGGCCUUUGUCGAGGUUGAAAGAGUUAUAAAGUUUGCCGUCUUGGUUCGGACUACGGAGCCUCCGUGUUGUUGUUGUUGUUUCAUAAAUAUAGCCUCAGAAAAAUCAACCUUAUUCUGAAAAAAAGUACGUUGCUUUUUGAGCAGCGUAAUAUUCACGUUCUGUGUGAAAGUACUGGUAACAAAAACAGUUCUAAAAUAUGUAUUGACGUGCGAUUAAACCGCCCCCGGUAUGUGAAGGCGUAAAGUAAAAUACGUCUAUGGAAGUCCAGGUUAAUAUAUUAAUAAACAUCUAAAUAACGGAUUCAUUCAUAUUAAAAAGGUGUAUUGUAUAAAGUUGUACGGCGAGAACAGUCUCGUAGCUUCAGCGUUAGCCUUAGCGAUAACAAUUACUGAUUUAUUUUGAAGGAAAUUAACUUUUUGCGUAAACUGAGUAGUUUUAUUUUGGAGCAGGAGUUCCCUCCAAAUCUUUAGACUUCACUGUUUUACUUAUUUAUUGUUAAUUUCCCCGUUUUAAAAUAGUUAUUUCAUUUUAGAGCAAAGCAUAAAACCCGUUGUUGUAUUUUAGCGUACGUUAACACACCGACAGUAACAGUUGGAGAUAAAGCAGCUUUCUUAGGAGGUUAACUGUUGCUGAUGUUUCUUCUGUAAUCAAACCUCUAACUGAUGUUUACAGACUGUUGGAGUCUUUAGGAUGUGUUAGUGAGUGACUGCAUGGCUGUAGAGUGUCACAUAGAUAUCACAUUAAAGCAGGUUUGUGUUUGAUUGAUGAAAAUAAAAGUUCCCGUUGAGUAAUGUCUAACCAGA